AUGGUAUUGCAACAAGCACCCAAGAAGGCUACCAUAUGGGGGUUUGCAUCACAUGUGGGGGAAACUGUCACAGUCCAGAUUUCUGGGAAGGGAUCGGUGACCACGACAACAAGACACGGAGAUAACGGUGCUGUUGUAUGGUAUGCGCAGCUUCCGCCAGUCAGCGCCGGUGGACCUUACACCAUCACAGCUACAUCCAGGGAAGGGAAGCUAACUCUGUCCGAUGUCCUGUUUGGUGACGUGUGGGUGUGUUCUGGACAGAGCAAUAUGCAAUUCACGAUGAGCAUGGAUUUCAAUGCAACUGCUGAAAUCAACGACGCUGACCAUUACCCCCACAUCCGUCUGAUGACAGUACCACAUCAUACAUCUCUUAAACCGGUCACUGACUUUAAUGGAUGGUUUCAAAGCUGGUCAGUCGCUUCUCGGCAUUCGGUGGGAGGCACGGAUUGGGUACAUUUCUCCGCGCUGUGUUGGCUCUAUGGGAAGAAUCUCUACAAAACAUUGAAGUACCCCAUUGGAUUGAUCGCAACAGCAGACGGAGGAACUAUCGAUGAAGCUUGGUCGUCUCCAGACGCCCUGUCCAAAUGCGUCAGCAAAAAUCAGAUACCAAAGUGA